AGAAAAAAAUUAGGAAUAUGCUUGCAUAAGUCCUUCUGAAACAUUCAAACUGAGAAACUUGAGUGGCAGUUGUUUUGUCAAGUCUAUUGAAGCAUGCUGUAGAAUAGCUGACUGCCAGAAGCAAACCGAACAUUCUGAAAAAGAAAACGAAAUAUACCAUCUCUGAAUCAGCAACUGCCAGAACCGAAAAUGCUCCUACUAUGCAAGUACUGAUGACUGUACCCGAAGCGAAAGCGAGAAGAUGAUCCUCCAUCCAAUCACCUCUCUGCUUCGUUCGUAUCACUAAAAUCAUUUCUUUAUCGCCUACGUACAAUGACGAGCGACGGCGACAGGCAAUGCCGCCGGGAAGUUGCCGCCGCAAGGCGCCACCGCGGUCGAUCUCGGUUGCCCUCCGGAAUAAACCCCUCCGCCAGCACACGCCAAACCCCGCCAUUAAAAUACACUCCAGAGCUGCCACCACAUAGAACAAGUCCUCCUUGUUCUUCACACCCACUGACCCACCAUGUGGCACGCCUCCACGCCGCGCCGGCCGAGCCGUACGUGCCGCGGAUACAUAAGACCCCGUCUCUCCUCCCACUCCUCUUGAUGGCUGCUUCUUCCACCUCUGGAUCUGCCAAGAACUCAUAGGGGGUUGUUGUUAGGACGGCAAGCUUUGGCGAGAGAGGAGACGACGACGACGACGAGAGCUUCAGGACGGCAUGGAUCGGUUGGUGAUACCUGAGCCGUCGAACGAGGUGAUGAUCAGGGUGGAGCCCGGGAGGCAGGCGAGGGGGGAGCUCACGCUGAGGAACGCGAUGCACACCAUGCCGGUGGCGUUCAGGCUGCAGCCGGCGGUGCGUGGGCGCUUCGCGGUUCGCCCGCACACGGGGAUCCUGGCGCCGCUCGCCGCGGUCACCGUGGAGGUGCUGUACCUUGCCUCGGUGCCUCCGGAGGGGCCCAGCGGGUCAGGAGGAGGAGGGAGCCGUGGCGACGACGCGUUCCUGCUGCACAGCGUGGUGGCGCCGGGCGCCGCGGUGAAGGAGCCCGUGACGGCGCUGGACUCGGUCAACCCGGAGUGGUUCUCGGCGAGGAGGAAGCAGGUGUUCGUGGACAGCGGCAUCAGGGCCAGCUUCGUGGGCGCGUCCGUGGCCGCGCGGCUCGUCGAGGCCGGCGCGGUCGAGGCGCUCAGGGAGGUGCUCGACCGCAGCGAGCCCGAGUGGCGUGCCGCGGACGCCACCGACGAGUCUGGCCGCACGCUGCUCGACCUCGCCGUCAGCCUGGGCCGCGCCGACAUCGUCCAGGUGCUGCUCGAGUACGGCGCCGACGCUGACAAACCGAGCCGCGGCCGGACGCCCCUCGAGACCGCCGCCGCCUCUGGCGAGUGCCUCAUCGCCGAGCUCCUCCUCGCCAACGGCGCGACGCCCGCCGGCUCCGACGCCAUCCACGUGGCCGCCGCCGCCGGCCACAACGACGUCCUGAAGCUGCUUCUUGGCAAGCCUCCCUCUGCCUCUCCGGCUUCAUCCUCGUCCGCGUCGUUUUCGUCUUCGUUUACAUCUAUCGACGCGGCGGGGAGGGACGGCAAGACUCCUCUAAGGUUAGCGGCGGAGGCGGGGCGGCGAGACGCGGUGAAGGCGCUCCUCGCGGCGGGCGCGAGGGCCGACGCGAGGUGCGGCACGGACGGUGGCACCGCGCUCCACGCCGCGGCGAGGCGGGGCGACGAGGCGGUGGCGCGUCUCCUCCUGUCGCACGGCGUGGCCGGCACGGCCACGGUGCGCGACGUGGCCGGGAAGACCGCAUUCGAGAUCGCCGCCGAGGAAGGCCACGGCGGCCGGAUCCUGGACUUCUUGGGCCUCGGCGAGGCGAUCCUGGCCGCCGCGCGCAAGGGCGAGGUGAGAUCGGUCAGGCGCGCGGCCGACGGCGGCGCGUCCGUCGAGGGGCGGGACGCGCACGGGUGGACGCCGCUCAUGCGCGCUGCCUUCAAAGGGCGCGCCGACACGGUCCGCGACCUCAUCGACCGCGGCACGGACAUGGACGCGGCCGACGCCGAGGGUUACACGGCGCUGCACUGCGCGGCCGAGGCCGGUCGCGCCGACGUGGUCGACCUCCUCUUGAAGAACGGCGCGAACGUCAAGGCCACGACCGUGAAGGGAAGAACCGCCGCCGAUGCCGCGGCCGCCGCGGGGAAGUCGAAGGUGGUUCGGCUUCUUGACAAGGCCAGCGUCAUGGUGGGGAGGAAGCAGGACGUUAGCGAGAAGGUGGCGCCGGCGGUGGCGAAGGGCGGUAGCAUGGACAGGAAACGGAGAGCGCGGAAGGGGAGCAGUGGCGCCAUACGGUUUGUUGGUGGGAAGGAGGGAUUCGAAGCCGCCGCGGUUAGCGUUGGGUGGUCACACUAGCCGCUGUGCAAGAAGCAGCUGGGCCAGCCAUCGACAAGGAUUUCGUUCCAAAUUGUGAUUAGUUUUUGAUGAUGAGGCGAUAAUUCAAAUUUGUUUUGAAGGAACAGGCAAGUAAUAUAUGUGUUAUACUUGUAAAAAGAGAUUCCUCAAGAGUAGGUGUAUAACUUUUUUUUUUCCGCUUUGUUGUGUCACACUGUAUAUACAGUGAUGGCAUGGGUUGUAGUUGAUGACUUGAGGAUAAUAGGCAGCCAUGUCCUGCUGUAAAAUGUACAAUGAUGAUUUGAUUUUAAUAAACGGAGUUUGCCAGCUA